CGGUGGCUGCCGGGACUGAGCUCUUAUCCUGUUCAGGAAGCGGCGGGCAGGGCUCGAGGCCGAGUCGUCAGCUAGUGCCGCCGCCGCUGCCGCCGUCGCCGCUGCUACCGCCAGUGCGGAGACCGGGACCUGGCGGGGCAGCGCUGGGUGUGCCUGCGGGCAGGCGGGGGCGCUGACUAGGAGCAGAACGCGGCGGCCAGCGGACGUGGGCGGCUGGCGAAGGCGGAGGCGCAGGGAGGCGGCGGCGGGUCGCGUGGGGGCGGCCCAUCUCGCUCAGCAUUAUGGAUCCAAGCCUGUUGAGAGAACGGGAGUUGUUCAAAAAACGAGCUCUUUCCACUCCUGUAGUAGAAAAACGUUCAGUACCUUCUGAGUCAUCAACAUCAUCAUCAUCAUCGAAGAAGAAGAAAGCAAAGCUAGAACAAGGAGGAUCAUCAGGCUCUAAGCAAAAUUCUGAUCAUAGCAAUGGAUCAUUUAACUUGAAAGCUCUAACAGGAAGCUCUGGAUAUAAAUUUGGCGUGCUUGCUAAGAUUGUGAAUUACAUGAAGUUACAGGCAUUAGUCAAUAAUCCCAAAAUUGAAGUAAUAGAUGGGAAGUAUGCCUUCAAGCCCAAGUACAACUUGAAAGAUAAGAAGGCCCUACUUCGACUCUUAGAUCAGCAUGACCAAAGAGGUUUAGGAGGAAUUCUUUUAGAAGACAUAGAGGAAGGACUGCCCAAUUCCCAGAAAGCCGUCAAGGCUUUAGGGGACCAGAUACUAUUUGUAAAUCGUCCAGAUAAGAAGAAAAUUCUUUUCUUCAAUGACAAGAGCUGUCAAUUUUCUGUGGACGAAGAGUUUCAGAAACUGUGGAGGAGUGUCACUGUGGAUUCAAUGGAUGAGGAGAAAAUUGAAGAAUAUCUGAAGCGACAGGGUAUUUCUUCCAUGCAGGAAUCCGGACCAAAGAAAGUGGCCCCUAUUCAGAGAAGGAAAAAGCCUGCUUCGCAGAAAAAGCGCCGGUUUAAGACUCACAAUGAACACAUGGCUGGUGUGCUGAAGGACUACUCUGACGUUGUCCCCGGCAAACAGUGAGCACUGCCGUAGGUGAGCACAGAGCCCCAGGCCAACGCAGGGCCCUCCUUACUGAUACUGGCACCUGAAGACUGACUGUCUUCCCACCCUGCUUCUUGGGACUGAGAGAGGAGCAGCGCAGUUUACAGAACAAGUGCAAAUUACCAAACUCAAAGCUUAUUUUCAUUGAAUAGGCUAAUGAGAAAUGUGAUGUCCCUGUUAACCUGCUGUUAGUUCUGGGGGGAAAGGCACUUAGCAUGGCAUGCAGGUGUCUUUGCUAUUUAUCGCUACUUCUAAGUGGUUCCUGGUUCCAUGUUUCCUCUUUUAUUACUUUAGAACAAGUUUGCAGAUAGUCUUGAAUGUAAUACUUGUUUAUUCCAAAGAACAUAUUUAUAAUAAAAUCAUUGUCAAAGGAA